AUGAAGGUUAAUAGCACGUUUUUAUCUUGUGACGGGUACCGAUUGGUAAGGGACAGAAACAAUCUUGCGAGAAUCGUGAACAAUCAGGCAUUAUACCAACCAAAAGGAGGCUUGUAUGUAUCUUUAACCCAAAAUCAAAACUAUUAUUGGAGACGAACUUCAGAACGAAAAAUAGAACGAAGCGUAUCAGACCACUAUGAAUCUGAUGUAGGGAUAAUAAGUGGGGGCGACGAUAAUCUUUUUCUAGCACAGUCAGGGGAAAAUUCAACGAAAUAUAAGUUCGUCUUGUCAUGGAGUCACGCGAUUGAUAAUGUAGCCAUAAAUAAUGUUUUUGAAAAUAAAGGUGGACAUAAUAUUUCUAUCGAUUUCGUAAGUUUCAAUCAGAAUCAAUCAAAAAAUUGGAAAUUAAUCCGACUUUAUCAAAUGCGAAAGAAAGGAUAUCAUUUUGUGUCUACAUAUGAAUUUAAACCAAUUAUUUUAAAUGUACUGAAAAAACGUGGAAUGAAGCUCGCCAACAGUUGCUGA